AUGGCUCAGAGCAACGCUCCUUCAAAUAUUGUUUGCUCCAAUGGCUUAUUACAAGAUGCUCAAGGUCGUUGGCAAGAAUUACUUUCACCAACUCAACUUUUAACUGGACAAGAACAAAAUUUAGAUAAUAAUAACGAGAAACAACCAAAGAAGAAAAACGCCAUGAAUAAUACUACUACAAAUCAUACGAAUCAAGAUAUUUUAAUUGUGAUAGAUGAUACUGACGAUAAUCCAGAAGAAGAUAAUGAAGAACAACCAAUUCAACAAAAUGUACAGAACAAUCAACAUAGAACAGGAUUAGAAAAUAAACGUAAACGACAAGAACUUAAUGAAGACGACAUACAAGUCAGUCGAUCUUUCAGUCAAUUAUCAAUAUCACAAAAAAAUCUAAAGAAGACAAAGUCAACAAUAGGAAAUAAUUCUUCGAAUAACGAAAUAUCGAAUGUAGUCACUGAUGCUAAUGAAAAAGUACAACAACAACAGAAACAGCAAAAAGAGGACAAUGAAUUAUUAUCAAUCAACUAUGUCAAACAAUUUAAACCAAAUUAUUUAAAAGUUUCUGAUAAAAUAUUUCAACGAAUGUUAUCAAAUUCAAUAGAAGAUGGUAAUAAAAUUGUUCAAUGUUUAAAUACCAAUAAAAAACUUCAAUUUGUUCAUCAAAUGACUGAAACAACAAAUAAUUUAUAUUAUUUGUUGUUUCAGUCAUUUGAUGAACAAAUUGAAGUUUUUUAU